GGCUCUUGCUGCUGCUACUACUACUACCUUCCUCUUCUCCCCUUCCUUCCCCCUUUCUGUUUUCCUACUCCGCCAGAGUCAGCGCCUCCGGCAAUUGGAGCUCCGUUUUCCACGUCUCCUCCUGCUCCGUUCAACUCCAGCGUCUCCGUUCUCACACUCACGCAGUCACACUAGCCUCCAAGAGAGAUCAGAGAAAAGAGAACUGGUUUGCCUCCUGCGUCCGCGCUCGUGCUUUUGAAUCCGCCUCUGCCUCUGGUUCCUCCGCCGGCGGCUGCUUCGUUCGCCUCCUGCGUCCCCUUCUGUUUCCGCCGCUGCUUUUUGUCCUGCUCGGCUGCUCCGCUCGUGCUUCUGAGUCUGCUUCUCCUCAGCUGUCCUGUUUCUGGAGCUUAGAGUUCCACAGUGAAAUAUACCAUUGCCAGAGCGAAUGCACCAUUGUUAGCUCUGCUGUGGUGAAAUUAGGUUUACGUUGAUUUAGGGGAAGUGAAUUUUCGCCAUGAGAGGAGGAAGGAAGAAUUUGAAGAGAGCAACGGAGGAACGGUACAUUACCCUUCAAGAUGGUCAAUCCAUCAUGCAGGUUGUCUCUCUCCGUGGCUCCAAUCUAAUUGAGGUCAUGGAUGCAUGCGGUGAGAAAUCAUUAGCGCUAUUUCCUGCUAAAUUUCAGAAGAGCAUGUGGAUAAGACGAGGGAGCUUUGUUGUAGUUGAUGAAAGUGGAAAGGAAAAGGCUCUUGAAUCUGGUAGCAAGGUGGCUUGUCUUGUUUCCCAGGUUCUUUUCUACGAGCAAGUUCGAGCACUUCAGAAAUCUCCAGAAUGGCCUGAAACUUUUAAAUCUGAGAUGGUUGAUGAUUCAAAUGAAAGGAGCAGCUCCCAACAAGAAAACAAGAUGGAGAAGAAUGAUGACAACGACAACAAUGAGGAAGAUGAUGACGACAACGAUGAUGAUGAUGGACUAACCCCAUUGGAAGCCAAUACGAACCGGAUGAGACCUUUUGAGGGUCAAAUUGAAGAAGACUCGGAAUCCAGUUCAGAUACAGAUGCUUGAACAGUGGUUCCAACUUACAUGGUCCAACCAACCAUGAUACAAGUGAUGGUCCCUGGAAAAACCAAUCAAAAUAGAUUAGGAAAUCUCUUUUUUACCUUCUCUUUUAUUUAAAUUUUCAUGAUGCGGAACUCAAAAAACAUCCUGAUAACUUGGGGUCUACCCAUUGUAGAAUGCUUCUUGAAGGAAUACCUGAAUCUUUGUUUUUUGA